AUGAAAUUUCUUGAAAUUGGAUUGAAGUAUAAAAAUGAAAAGGAAAUGACAGAAUUAAUUAUGGAGCUUAAGGAAAAUGAAGAGGAAAAAAUAAUGAUACAAGGCAUUAGAGAAGCUUCGGAUAGAAAUGAGCUAAAAGUCGAAUAUAAUAAAGCCCAAAAGAAAUUUGAUGAAGAAAUAAAUGUAUAUAAUAAGGCUACACAGGUGUCGACAUUUAGAGCUACAGCAUUACCAUUACUUGAUGAAGUAUUAUACCAUAUUGUUUCUUGGAUAAUUCCGUUAAUGGCCGCUUUUGCCUAUGAUGAUGAUAACCUCUCUAAUUUAAAACUACUUCCUAUUAAAGACAAAGGAUUCUGCUGGACACUUAAAGAUCUUAUACAUGGCACUCCACGCAGUAUUGGAAUUGCUAUUUUACCUCAAUUCUUUUGUCCUACAUAUUAUGCUCCAAUAUCUUUGUUAAUUAAUAUUAUUAUUUAUCCUUCUGCUUCAGCUUCAGCAAGUUUAUCCCUUCAUCUUUUUUCUUGGUCUAUGUUUCUAGUAUUAUUUAUGCUUUUAAUUUUUAAAAUUAAACACAAAUAUUCUGAUAUUGAUUAUUCUUUUAAAAUGGCCAAUCAAUUUCUAUUUUCUGAAAGCGUGUGUCUUUAUACUAUUUGUAUCAUUUCAAGAGAAGAACUUUUAUUAACUUAUUGCAUUAUGUUUACAUACUUUUGA